AUGAGCGGUUGCAUCGCUCUUUUACCGCCACCCGAAGAUCGUCUAAAGCAAUGGGCAAAGUUGGAAGUGCUACCGGAUACUGAGGCAACAGCAGCUCUUGCACAAUUAGCUCUCCAUCGACCAGAGACGACUGACAUCAGCAACAUAAAAAAAACGUUCGUUCCGAUGAAGCACGAUUUGAAGCGAUCUACAUCAUUGGAAUGGUCAGGAAAGCUGUUUCAAGUGCCGACGAAACCGAAGUUGCGCUUCAUUUCGUAUAUGGACUGUCAGGAGAUGACAGUUGCUGUGCAAGAUAUCGAUAAAGUUAAAGAGGAUCUUAAAACUGUGUCAGCAUCACUGGAACGAAAGGGAAUAUGCAAGCAAUUCGCAGAGAAAAUAGACAAAGAAAAUGAUGUAGAGUGCAAACGGCUGCAAAGAAAUGUAUCAGCGGAAGAGUUGACUGCGCCGGUGUCGUAUGUUGUUCAUAAAGUCGUCUGCGAACGAAAACUCACUCCAAUUCCAAGAGAUCUGGUUCCACCACAUCCACCACAAACGGUUCGCUAUGCUCUCUUCGAACCGGUGAACUGGAUCUAUGAUGGCUGUAUAACGGAGGAAGAGUUUGACGAAAAAGUAUUGCUCCAGUCAUGGUCCAGCGAAAGCUAUUUUGGCGCGCUAAGAUUUGAAAAGCCGUUCUUAAUGCGAUUUUAUCUUCUUGAGGCGAUUUCACUUUAUGUGCCACAGAAACCGUUACUGAUGAGGAGUGUAGUAUUCUACCGCACAGUUGGUCAAUUUCUUGCAGUUGUACUGCACAGUUACAAAUAUAUGACUUCGGCCUCGUUUCAUAACUAUUAA